AUGUUUAAAAUUGGAAGUUUAAAUUGGGCAUCUUCAUUUAUUUUAUCAAAUGUUAAACUUUUAUAAAAACAAUAUAUAAAUAUUUUUUUAAACUAGAUUUUAUAACCAUAUUUUAAAGGAUUGAAUACAUAAUAAGUAAAAGUAGGAUUAUGGGAGGGUAUUUUUUGUUAUAUAACAAAAUAAAAUUUCUAAUAUAAAAUUUAAAAUAAAAAAGGUUCUUUAGAAUUAUAAAAUUUAGAAUUAAAACCAGAAAUAAUAUCUAAUUUAAGCUUAUAAUUACUUCAUAGUUAAAUAAAUAAGAUAAAAAUAAAAAUUCCAUGGAAGAAUAUAACAAAAGAAGUUUAUUUUUUAAAAAAAGUAUAAAUAUAUAAAUAAAAAAAGGGAAUAUAAAUAACAAUUGAAGGUCUAUAAUUAACAUUAAAGUAUUAAGAAAACUAAAAUUAAAUGUCAUAUGAAUAAAUAAAGGAGAAAAUGUAAAAAAUAAAAGAAGAAACUUUGAAAAACUAUGAUGAAUAAUAAAAUAUAACUAAUGAUGAAAAAUAAUAAGGUUAUUUUGCAAAAAAACUAAAUUAAGCACUUUAAAAUUUUUCCUUGAAAAUAUUAGAUUCAUAAAUUACUUAUAUUUAUUAAAUAAAUGUUAAUGAAAUAGCUAAAGUUCAUUUAAAAAUAAAUGAAAUCAAUAUAAAUGAAUUAAAUAAUAAUCGAAAUUAGAAAGAUUUUAAAAAAGGAUAUUUUUAAAAAAAUAUUGUUAUUAAUGAACUUUUAUUAUUUUUUGAUUUUUAUGAAUUACCAGAAUUUGAAUACAAAAAUGUAAAAAAUUAAUUCAUCAAUUUUUUUUUUAUAUAUAUAAAUAUAUAAAAGUUUCAAAAGAGUGAAUAGUUUUUAAAUCAAAGUAUUAUAAGUAAUUAAAGCUAUAAUUCAAUAAACUAAAAUGAUUAUACUAGUGAGGAAAAUCUAAUAUUGAAAAUUUAAGAUAUCUAAAGCAUUGUAAAAUUUAGUUAUCAUAACGAAUUUAAUAUAUAAAUAGCUAUUAAUACUAAAGGUAUUGAAAUUUAUUUUUAAUAAUAUUAAAUAAGAUUACUUGUUAAAGCUAUUCGUAGUAUUUUAAAUUAAAGAAAAGAUAGACCUUUAAUCAAACCUUUUUAAAAAAGAGCUUAAUAAUGGUGGAUUUAUUUAGGAAAUCGAGUUAUUGAAGAAAAUAAAAAAUUUGAUAAAAUAAAUAUUAUUAGUAUUUUAUAAAAGCUAAAAGACUUAAAAUACAUAAAAAUUUAUACAAUAAAAUAGAUUAAUAAAAAUUUGCUAAAUGAAGUCUCAAAUGAAUUUUUAAAUAAAUAUGAAAGUAAUAAUUCUUUAAGUCAAAUAAUUUGGUAAAGAUAAAUAGCAUUAGAAAAACUUUAAGAAAUGAAUGAAAAUUUAUAAUAAGAUGAUGAUUUAAUACAAAAAUAAAUAGCUUAAAAAUGGUUUUAAAAUUUAAAUAAUAAUUUCAUGAUAAAAGUAAAAAUAUAUAUAUUUUUUGAUAUAAAAUAAAUAUAAUUAUUUAAUAUUUAAUUAAAGACUUUAGAAAAUUAAAAAUUAUAUUAAUAUAUAAAUUUUAAUUUAUUAAAAUAUUAAAAUGAAAAUUAAUUUUUAUUUGAUUUUAAAUUAUAAAGCCUUAAAAUUAUUAUUUAAGAAAAUUUUUUAAUUAGUGAUAUUAAAAACUUACAUAAUUAAGUUUUUUUAUUUAAAUAAGAAUUGAAUUCUUAAAAAAAUUUACAAAAAAAAGUUUUAAAUCAUUUAACAAAUAAUUUUCUCUCAGAAUUUUACUUAAAAAAUAAAUAAAAAAUACAUAAUGAUUAAAACAAAUCAAAAACAUAAAAUAAAUAAAAAAAUAAAAAUAAAUAAUUAUUAAAGUUAGAAAUGGAUACUUUUCGUUUAUAAUAUUAAAAAAGCAACUAAUAAAAUAUUUUAAAAUUUUAAUUUAAAUCAUUUUUAGGAUUUGAUUAAUAAAAGAAAAAUAUUCAUUACAAUUAAUUUAUUAGUAUUCCAAAAGGAUUUAAAUUUUUAAUAAAAAGAAUAAAAGUUAAAAUUGAACAUUAAAUUAAUAUAAUUAAUAAUAAUAUUGAUAUUGAAAUCCCUGAAAUAAGUUUUGUUUUAGCAAAAUAAUUUUAUGAAAGGUGUAAAAUUUUAGUUUCUUUAGUUUAUUUUAAAAAUGAAAAAUAAUAAGAAAAUAAAUUUUAAUAUAGAGAUAAUUUAAUAUUUAAUAAAAUUCUACAAAACUAUAAUUAUUAAAAUAAUAAAUAUAAUAUUUCUGUUUCUUUAAAUAGAAUUAACUUUUAUUUUCCUUAAAAUUAUUAAAUUAAGUCUUAAAUAUUGCUUUUAUAACUAAAAAACUUUAAAAUAUCAAAAAGAGAUUGUGAUAUUUUGGAAAUAAAUGAAAAAGUCACAGAAAAAGAAGUAAAUAAUUUAAAUUUUUAAAAAAUCAACAAAAAUUAAAAAGAAAAUAGAUAUUUAACAUGUUUUUAUUAAUAUUGA